AAAGUGCAGCCGAUUGUAAAUUUCUGUCCAUUCCUUCCUCAAGGCACGAAGGGCAAGAAGGGAACGUAAGUGUUCCGUCCUGUCGCGUGUCGCCAUAAAACCCGGAGCAAGAGUAUAUCCCUGCAUAUACGCACAUACCCACACUCACUUACACAAGCACCCUUCUCCCCUGUGCGCUACCAACUCCCGUCCGUGCGCAUUCGGUUGUGACACGCGUUUGUUUGCGUUUGGUUGUAAGGAGGCUGGCCGAUAAGCUAAAACUCAACGUUCCGUCCCACGUAAUCCUGACCAUGGCUGAUCAGACAGAGCUGCGAAUGAAUCUGGUGGCGAUCAAGCGGGUCGACCCGUACGCAAAGGACAUCAUCAACUCGUCCGCACACGUCGCACUGUACGUGUUUAACAAUGCGGAGAAUGAGUGGGAAAAGACGGACAUCGAGGGGGCACUGUUCAUUUACAGCCGCUUUGCCGAACCGUACCACAGCAUUUUCAUCAACAAUCGGCUCAACACGAACUCGCUGGUCGAACCGAUCCGGGGUCAGAUAGAGCUGCAGUCGAAACCACCGUUUCUGCUCUACAAGAACGAGCGGUCCCGUAUCCGUGGCUUUUGGUUUUAUAACAAUUCCGAAUGCGAUCGUAUCGGUGAGGUCAUUCAGAAGCUUGUGACCGAUUGCGGUGAUGGUGGUGGUGGUGGUGGUGGUAAUGAGCACCGGCCACCAAUGAAUGGAGGUGGCGAACCCGCACCAUCCGGGAUCUAUCCUAGUGGUGGUGCAAUGAACGGUUCCGGCGGUGAUGGGGAAAACAACAGUGUGGACAUAUUCACGAUGCUCACGAAAGCGCAGGAAGAUUUCCAGAACAAUGCGCCCAAACCGAUGGAACAUCCGGUAAUGAACCAUCAGCCGAUCAUUAUGGGCAAUCAUCCUGGUCCAGGCAUUGCGAUCCCACAGCAGCAUCAGCAGCAACAACAGCUUCAGCACCAACAACAGCAGCCAAUCACGAAUCAGAACGCUCCGCGUAGUGUGGUGAACUUUUUCGCCGCAGCUAAACAACCGGCCGCUUCGGAAGUGCCACUGUUCAAGACGCAUGCCCCGGUCCAUACACUCGAGCAGAUCGAGAAGCAGCAUCGUGCCACCACGCCGCAGAAGGAUGCGACCACCGGCAAGGUGACACCGGAUGUGACUGAGUUCGAGCACAGUUUCAAGCGGAUGGGCAUUCCAAUCGUAACCGGUGGUGGGAACAAUGGACCACAGACACCUUCUACCGGGAUCUCGGAGCUCGGUACCUCGCCACUGGCAACGUUUAUCAACGCUGCGAACCUGUCCGCAGCGAUGCGGGCCAAUCAUCACCAACCGGUCGUACCGAAGACGAAACUGAUCGAAAUCAGUGAACUGGAAUCGCGACAAAGUGCGCAACAGCAGCAGCAACAACAGCAACAAACGCCACUCCACGAACUGUUGAAAAAAUCGGAUCCCAUCGGAGGCAAUGGGACGACGGGAGGCGUAGCGACGGUCGUGAAGCCAGCGCUGAUGCCACCAACCAUGUUUAAACCGACCGCGUCACCGGCCGCGGCACAGGAAGCGUUGAGCAGUCUGCUGCUCGGUGCAACCACGAAUCCCAGUACGAACUCACCAGCGGGCGUCUCGAAGCAGCAGCAGCAGCAGCAUCAGAGCAACGCUGGUGGUACCCCGGGAGGACAAACGAAAUCGGGCGCCACACCCGGCAGUACACCGCAUUCCACCACGGGCGGUAAGCAGCAGCAAAGGUCGGGCACGGGUAGUAAGCAACGGGAUGGAGCGGCUAGUGGGAUCACCCCACCGAAAGCUGCCGCCUCCGCCAACGUCACGGCAUCAUCCAAGAUGAUGUUCGAUAUUCUGUCCGAGGCUAAGACGAACAGUAACCUGAUCAACAACAACAACGCGACCGGCACGGUAGGCGUGGAACCGCUCACCCAAAACCAGCUGAUCCAAGCGGUCAGCUAUCUGAUCAAACACGAUCCGGACUUUGUGCGGAAGCUUCACGAAGCGUACGUUAAGUCUUUCACCGAAAUGAUAUCGAACUAGAGCGGGUGCGCGAUCGUGCUUCUGUGUGUGCGUGCGUGCAUUGGAAAAUAGGCGAAAGCUUGUGGUAGAACUUGUUGGAGAUCCCUCCCGAUGUGUCUUUGUGAUUCAUGAAGAACAUCUUAAGGAUACUCGAAACAUUGCAUUCUUCGACUUCUUAUUGUCGUGUCGGUGGUCCUUGUUGCUUACUUUCUAUAAGGAUCAAAACUAAAAUGGAACGAAAAAGGAACCGGAACUAGUUAGAAUUUGAACGAAGAACGGGAAACGAACUAGCGAAAGAGAGAGAGAGAAAGAGAGGGUUCUUUUUAAUUAUUUUAAAUAUUUUCACUUUAGUCUACUCUUAAUUGAUUUUUUAUAACAUUUGGACUCAUUUUUUCAUCAUAUCCACACGACGGAAAACCAAAUUACUUUAAGGAUUCUGUUGCAACAGUGAGAAUUAGGUUGUUAAGCACUACCAGACCCAUGUUGUCCCUGUUAAAAUUAGUCAGUAUCACUAACAUUAAACGAACUUCCUUUACACCGUCGUCGUCUAAGUUUUGCAGAAAGGAAGUGUCUUUCAUUCCCCAUUACCCAGAACGUUUGGCCAACGAGCCACAACCAUUAUGGGCCCGGAUAUGUUGUGGUGCGUGUGCGUAUAUAAUCUAUCUGUUAGAUGUAUUAAAUGGAAAUCGUGUAAUGAAUUUGAUUAGCAAUGGUUAGAGUUGAGUUAACGAUCUACUAGUGCACUAGGAAAUCAGCUGUAAAUUAGAACAAAGAACAGAAAAGCAAUUGUGUACUACUUUUACCAAUUUGCAAUGAAUUCGAGAUGAAGAAAUCGCAUUAUGCAGUCAUGUAUUAUGUAGCAAUCAGAGAGCUUCUCUUUUUCUCGCCCUCUUCUUAGGUGUUUCUAUUUAAGAAAGCUCACACACGCACAGCAUAAGGAAAGCAUGGGAUGAUACGAGGAUUAUACGAGCCAAUACGAACUGUGGACACGCGCACGACGAAGAAGCAAAUCCGUUACAAUUCGAUGCCGAGGUUUUUCUUUUUAAUGUAAAACACUACGAAAAAACACGAUUCGUUACAAAUAUAUUAAUGUAUUCGAAAUGGGGACAGAGUACAGAUGUGUUAACCGCAUAGAGCUGUCCCCACAAGGCAUAUGCUGUGCAUUCUUGUCUAGUACUACAUCCGUUAUCUAUGAAGCCACGAGUUGUUUUAAGUAUGGAUGACGUUACAAUGCUUUCCGAACUGUUGCAGAUGCCAAAAAGUUACAUGCAUUUACAGCAAAUGCUUUCCGUAAGGACUUAAACUUGGAAUGGCAUUGAAUGUCUCGAAACAAUAGGAGAAUUCAUCUCCAUUCGGAUAGAAAACAUAAGCAUCAGACGAAGUUAGCCAAUCUUUCCAGCUGUUUGAAAAUGAAAUAAUGGAAGAUGUGAGAAACGAUGUUAUCUGGCUACCGGGAGGUGUCUGACUGUGAACAACAACAUGCAAUGAUGUACGAUGCUCCAGGAAUAUUCACCAAAUGAUGUUGAGCCGCCUGUUUUUGAUACGCAGCACCUGAGUGUUAUCUACUACAAGGUGAAACUGAAGAUGACUAUAUAUAAAAACAUCGCAAUGGAUUAUUUUGCAUAACAAACUAUAUCUAGUGCAUCGGUACACCAAUGAGCAUCGCAGUAAAAUGUUAUAAAUUAAGUUAAAGAACUGAAAUAUUACAUUUUUGUUAUAGUUCAACAGUUUCACUAUGCUCGUACUCGCUUUCUUCUAAUCUACAGGGGGGGUUUGUUGUAGAUGGUAAUUAACAUUGAAAUCGUUGGUCUAUAAUAAAAAGUUAAACAUUACUAAGACAAACUAUCAAAAUGAAAAAAGACGUAAAACAAACAAAACGAGAAUAAAAAAUAAUGAAUAAAAUAGAUAACCAAAAAUACAACAAAUCCUGAACAAUGGUAAGAUUCUAAAUGGCGAAACUAAUGCGAAAUAAAAAUUGUGCGUAGAAAAGAGCACAAACAACACACUCAC